AUGUACAAUACUGGUCGACGAUCUGCUAUCAGUACAUCCGAACUCGGUUUAUAUUCCGAUCACAGUGAUCCGUAUAACAAUAAUACGUAUAGUACCAACGUUCGAAAGCUAGUUAUUGGAAUAAUGGUUAUAUUUUCAGUUAUUUUGAUUGGUAUAUUUCUAUACGACUUUACAUUGAGUGCAUCUGUGAAUAGCAAAAUGAGUCAAGAAACAAAGCACAUCUACAUUCUCCAAAACAGCUUUAGAAAGCCAACGCUUAAUGCAACCAGAAGAUCCAGCGUGACGCUCGCUCCGACAAUCUACAUAGUGAACAGUAGCCAUGCAACUGGCUUCGAGGAUCGUUCCGACGACGAAAAAAACACCGAGUACAAACAGGAAGAGGUGGAUAAUCCUGUUAUUGAAACUCGAACUCAGCGAGAAGCUCAAGAGGGUCCAGAGUCAAAGAUGCAAAAUUUACAGAAUUUUAAGUUUCGUGACCGAAUGUUAGAUCGCACACCUGACGAGAUCGAGUUAUCUGAUCGACCAAAAUCAAUAAUACAAAACCACGCGAUGAUUUAUCGAGCAAGUAAUAAAAUAAAACUACCUACAUUAGAAAAUGACGAAGCAGAGCUGAGUCCUGGCUACAGUCAGCGAGCGACUCCGUUUCGAUUUGAGCUAACUGGUCCACCACCAGCAUCCUUCAAACGUCCAAAAUAUCCGCAGCUAUCCCAAUAUCAGCAUCCACAUACCUCGAGAAAUAUUCAAGAUAUCAUCAAGUAUCUUACGAACAAUCCAGAGUCAUUAAACCGAGGCAUCAAGUUUACAGGAUAUUAUGUAAAUCCAAAAAAAUACAAUACCGAUAUUAGAGAAGUCGCAAUGAAUAGCGAGAAAUCGGAAGAAGCAGUUCCUUACGCGAUGUCAUUUAAUACGGAUCCCCUUUAUCAGUAUAAGCCUAAGCAUCCAGCUGACGUAAAUCUGUUAGCAACCUCGAAUUUUCGAUUUUCUCCGAUGGGACUGCAAAGAUACAACUCGUACUAUGAUAGUUAUCAUCAAAAACCAACCAGUAGCAAGCACUCGAUUUAUCAAGAACAUCAAUAUGACAAUGCUGGUAAUUACGGCACGAUGACUUAUAGCAAAAAACGAAAACCAAAACCUUUUAGCGUCAUGUUGGACAUAUAUCCCAUAACCGAAGCAACAGAGCCGACUAAAAAAUCAUCAUCAAAAUCACAAACUAUUAUCGAAGAUGCAGACUCAAGGAGAUCGCCAAUUCCAUUGAUCCCUUAUCAACCACGUCAUUCAAAAGCUUAUGGCGUUUACACACAAGCGCCACCAAUGCCACCAAUACCGAAUUCCCAAAUUCCAGCUAUAGAAGAGAAAGAAGCGCAUCACAUGAUACUCCAUUUAAACGUUUAUCCAAGAAAAAAAACUAAAGCUACUUGGAACGAUGUUAUGGAACGGUCGGAAGCAAUGCUAUCAAGCGAGAAACAAGAGUUGAUCGAUAGACUGAUUACUCCAUUCAACAAAAUUGCCAAGCACUUGACAGCUCAGGCGGCUGUUGAAGAGGCUAAAUAUGACGAGGAGAUAGAUCGCACCGAUUCGGUGAAAGUUCGUUACGAAGAAAAUCCUUUAAUAAAAGAGGAUGUGGAAGAGGUAAAAGGCAGUUUUGCUGUCGAUCACUCAAAAGUCCAAGUCAACGCUGAAAGGCUAAUUGCAGCUAUCGAUGGUGACAAAUGCCAAAACUGCGAGAUAAUAACUACACAGGUAGGAUCGACAACUUCAUUGGGUAGUACUACUGUUUCAGCUAGUACGAUAUCUGGUACCAUUGCAAAUACCACGAUUGCUACAACAAACUUCAGUACGAUUGAAACUACAACGGUAACGAAUAUCGAUUCGACUACAUUUAAAGAUAUAGAUACCGUUGAAGGGUUUCAAAAGUUCGCGGAUAGCUUAAUAGCAAUGGAUUAG